CACAAUCUGGCGGCAGCUCAACCCGUCGGGGGGCUCAAGCCCCUCUUCCAGGGGCUCACCCACAUCCCCCUCCCACACACUCUCAUGACCCAGUGCCACUUCCAUAUCACUGGCAUGAUAAGCAGGAAUGGAACCCUUUUGUAAAUUGGGGACUGCCUGUACCAGUAUAUAAGAUUAUCUGUUACAUCAACUGGAGGAUUCAUUAGUAUGAUGACUGUUUCAAGACCUUUUGGUUGAGGUUUUCUAGAGAUGAUGCAGCGAGAGCUGGAGGAAGCUCGUGCCCGCGCCACUCAGAUGGAAAAGACUAUGAGAUGGUGGUCAGACUGUACAGCUAACUGGCGAGAAAAGUGGAGCAAGGUGCGCAGUGAACGAAAUAAGGCUCGAGAAGAGGUGAGAAUUUUACGGGGUCGUCUAGAAGUCUCACAGCGAGAGAGUGGUGUUUUAAAGAGAGAGAAGAAUGAUUUAGAAGCUCAAAUGACACACCUAUCACAAACUUACCAAUUGAGACCCAGAAAGGACAGUGGGGCAGAUAAACCUGAUGAUGGGAGAGACCAGGGUAGCCAUAAAGGAGACUCACCAGAGCGAGAUGGUAGCACUCCAGCACGUCCCAUCACUCAGACAGAGGCCGAGAAACUGUCUAAUGAUGAACUUCAAUUUAUUCGUGAUGCCAAAAAUACGAACUUCAGCCUACUAGAGGAGAUGUUUGGGUCUCGUGGAGGUCAUCCCGGUGAUGAUGUUAUCGGUAUUAACGAAAGCAGUGUUAGUGAGGCGUUAGCACAGAGUGGUGUAGAGAAUGUAUCUGUUUAUGCGCACAAACCUAGUGAAGCCACUCGCCUCAGUGAGAAGUGUCGUGCUGGUCGUGAAGUGAAAGAUUUGAUAUGUGAUGAAUAUUUAAAAGAUAGUGCUGUUAAAGAGGUUUCUGAAAAUUGCCAUCAUCCUCAGAGAGAAAAUGACAUUGAGGAAAAGAUGAUCCAUAACCAGCAGCAGCAAGAACUGGCAUUUAGAGACAGUACAGUGACUGCUGCUGGAAGUAGCAAUAGCAGUAGCCAGCCGUCCCCUUCUCACAGAAUGUCUGCCAUGUCAGACCCUCUACCAGACACAUGCCACAUUAAUCCCAGAAUAUCAGCUGUAUCAGACCCCAUGAGUGAGGUUUGUGGGGGAAGUGAGUGUAGUGAGGGGGGCUAUGAAGACUCUGUACGUUCCAAUGAUGGGGUUGGCCGCGAUGGCAGGAGAGGAUGGAGAACGAACAAUGGCGGUAAUGGUGGCAUGGGUGGUGGUGGGGGGUCUGUGAUGGAUGAGAUGGGCAUUACUCCAGAACAGGAAAGCUUAGAGCAGCAAGUUACAAUGCUUAAGCUACGGUUGGAUGAGGCCACCAAGACCAUACAAGCAGAAAGAGAUGAGAAGCAAGUGUUGCAUCGAGAGUGUUCUAAAUGGCAGUCUGAGGCCAACGAGCUACGAUCAAGAUUAGAUGAUGUUCGAGCUUCUCGCCAGGAGGCAGUGAAAGAGCUGGUAUCCCUCCGUACUCAACACCAGAAAGAAGUACAGUGUUUACAGUUGGAAAUGUUAGAUGAAGCUUCCUCAAGAGAGUGCAUUGAUCGCAGAUUAGCAGACCUAAGAGCGGAAUUGGAACGAUUACAGGAGGAAAAUGCUGCUGAAUGGGGUAGAAGAGAAAGGUUAGAAAGUGAAAAAUUGGGGCUGGAACGGGAAAAUAAGAAACUUCGAGCUCAGGUGACAGACUUAGAAGAAAGGCUCGACAAGAGAACAAAGAUGACAACAUCCACCCCAGACUCAGAUGUAGCGCAGCUAAAGCAAGAAAUUGCAGACAAAUUCAAGGAAUUAUCAGAACUGAAACAUGCACACUCAAAACUUAAAAAAGUUCUAGCUGAUAAAUCUGUGGAACUACUACACUGUUCACGGCGGGCCGAUCAGUAUGAAAGUGAGGUGAAGCGGCUAAGGGCUCGAGUGGAUGAAUUGAAAAAAGAGCUUGCAGCUGCUGAAGAUGAAGUAGAUGGGGCUUCAAACAAUAUUAGAAAACUGCAGCGUGGUAAUGAUGAGCUUCAAGAGACUGUAGAAAACUUAGAAGUUCAAGUUGAACACCUCCAAUCCCGCUUACGAUCCUCACAGAACUCAUCUCUUCCACUCCUCACUGCAAACUUACUCCAAGAUUCUGAUGAUGACCAUGCUCAGUUCUAAGGAAACUGUAAUGAAGGAACUUCAUGUUGAGGUUUAAAGACUGGUGCCCCGUUAAACCCAAACAGCCUUAACCAAAUGGUUUAAUCAACUUGGAAAACUUAAAGAAUUUGGACAGUGAAGAUCCACAACUGAAGAUUGUGAUACUUGGAAUUAGAUGUAUAAUUAUUACUGUAUUAGGUGUAAAAAUAUUAUGUCAGGUUGUCUCAUUGUGUUAGAUAAUUUUGAGUUUUUUAUUUUCUUAUUAUGUUUUCAAAGUGAACCACUACCUUUACAUUAACAGGAGCUAUAAAUCCUGCUCACAAAGAUUUAGCAAACAUGAGAAUAUUUUAUGGAUAGCCAUUUUUCAUGCAUGCACAGUACAGUAUAUCAAUACAGUGUAUUUUACUCUUCACUUACCACAAACAAAGACCAUGAUACAUGCAUACCACACCCAACAUUGUACUGAUAUCCAUUAUAUUGGUUUUUGGUAAUGAACAGAGUGAUGCUUCAUCUUUUAUUGAGUUUGAGUAUCAUAAAGUGUGAUAAAUUUCAGGAACAUUGAGUUUUGGUCAUCAAUGUUCUUGGUUUGUAAAUACCAUACUGUUAUUUGUAACACAGAGAGAUAAUAAUAAUCAUCACCAAUACUCACUUUAAUAAGUCAUCAGUUUAGAUUUUUCUCAUGCUUUAUAUCGCAGCAUAUUUCAAGUACUGUAUAUUUUCCACCGUCUCAGUCCUUAGCAAAGUCUUGGUCAAUUUGUUGUGCAAAAUAUUCAAAAGUAUACUUGUAAUAUAUGUCUUCAAUGCACAUAAAUGUUACUGGUCUAACGUUUUAAUGGUAUAAAUUCAGUUGUUAUUCUUUUUCUCGAACUGCUGAGUACGUGCUCAAUUUUGUGAUGAGACAAGAAGAGUGUGUUCCUGGACAAUGUGUUCAUGAAAAUACAGUAAUGACUAAGAUUUUUUUUUUUUUUCCAAUAUCAAGACUAUUUAUGAGUCAUAUUUUCUGGACUCGGUGAUAUCAAAUGAACAGUUCCAUGGCUUAAUAGGUAUCUCUCUGGACCCCCAACCCACAAGACACAGGUUUGAUCACUUGGCUAGGCAGGGUUGAUUGGGUGUUAUUUUACUGUGCUGUGCACUUUGCUGGCCACCAGCUAUGUCAGUGAACAGGGUUCACCUAACCCCUUUUACUUGGGGUUUCCCACUACAAAUAAUGGAAAAUAGCAUAAACUGUUUUGCCAACUUAAUGUUGUAAGAUAUAUUCAUUACAUUCAUCAUUAUAUAUUAGAGGUAAGAAAAUCAAUAGGAUACUUAAGAGAAGCCUGUAACUUAUUGCUCCAAAGUGGACACACUCUAAAGCUGGUCAUGAUAUAUUUAAGUGUCCAAGCUGGUCAUGAUACUUCAGUGCCCAAGCUGGUCCUAAUAUACUUCAGUGUCCUAGUUGGUCAUAAUAUACUUCAGUGUCUUCAUUGCACCAUCCAGUAUCAGGUAGCCUUCCUCUAUCCCAUCAAACUUUCAUGCCAUAUUUCUAGUGUCAAAUGAAAGAGCAGUGUAAUGACCUUGUCCCACUGCCUGUGCUUCCCUCUGAUUGUAAAUAUCCCCUAUAGAAGUUUAACUAGUGCUGCUAGUGAUAGCAUUAUACUCAGGACUUGGGGCUAUGAGCUUUUUAACUCUACAAUCUUAAUUUUAUACAUGAUAUUUGAACUUUAUGAGUGUUCCAGAGUAAGAAUGCAUUGUCAUGGACAGUGUGAGUACAUUACUGUACUUAAUAAAAGUAAUUUUUUCCAGAUUAAAUUAUUUAAGGCAGCUAUUAUUUUUUUAUGAAAGUAUAAAUGCAAGUUCAGUAUAAAGGCAUCUGCAUUACAAGGACUGACAGAGAUUAAUACUGAGUCUGGUAAUUUACAUUAUACAGUAGAAGAAUGAUGAUUGUUACCCUUGACUUGUGUUGUGUCUCAAAAUUUAUAUAUAAGUAAGCCAUUGUGAGGGUUUGGUAGAAAAAUUGUACAAAGAUAUGUGCUUAUGCAUCCAAAGGUAUAUAUGGAAAUCAAAUGACUUAGGGCAGUUUUAGGUAUGGCAUAUACAAUAGCAAUGUAAUGUCAUUAUGAUUUAACUGGACGAUUAAUAUAAUAUCUCAAACAUAAGUUGACCAAUAUUUUCUUUGGUUGAUACAGUAAAGGAGAGAUCCAGGGUUGCAAGCAUUACUAUAACAGACAACAAAUCUCUCUUUAAUGCAAAAUACUGUAUCAGGAAAAGUUGUUAUAACAAAGUUGAGGUUGAUAUUAUUUAAAGCAUUAAAUUAUCAUCACCUUCAUUAACAUCUCUCUGCCCAAUACUGUGGGGUGGAUAAAGUGCCUGAAGCCUCCUCCUACAUGGUCCAAAGCACCUCUUGUAGGAAUGAGUUUUUACCUCUGAAGUGGUGUGCCAUCCUUCUUGCCCCUCCAAAACCAACCCAAUUAUAUUCUCCAAGACUUGCUCCAAAAAUAGAGAAAGGUGGAAGGAUGAGAGGAGAAGCAGGGAGAUAUGAAAGGAGAAAUAAGGAGAUCACAUGAAGAUAGCUGGAGAAAUGGAGAGAUGUUAGGUCAAAGAGAAGAUAUAUAAUGAGCUGAUAGGAGAAUUAAAAAAGAGAGUGAUAGAUAACUUCAAAAUCACAGGGUCAUAUCUGAUAUUGGAACAUCCAAGAAUAGAGAGCAUAAGAAAGAGUUUUCCUGGAGGAGUGAUAAUGAGUGUUCACCUGAAGCCACAUCCUGCAACAUAGAAAGUAUUCAAAAGUAUUAUGAGUUGGACCACAGAACCAAGAAUUGUUCAAAUGAUACACUUAACCAUACUUAAUCUUAUCCAAUCAAAACUACCCUUGAAUUAUUUGCUAGACACAGUUAGUGCAGUUUCAUGCUUGCUAUAAAAGAAAUAUAUUUGUGGUCCUGUUCAUAUUACUUUCCAGUAUCCCACAUUAUCAAUACAGAGAGUAUGCUACUAAAUGAUAUGAACCUUGCUAUUGGUCGUUUCAGAAGCUAAUACUCUGAAAACCUAAAUUAAGUUGAUUUUUUGUGUAAAUAGAGACCAUUAAAGGAGCUUGCAUAAUUCCUAGAGUAAGUAAUAAGAAGGUUUUGUUGAAACAACAGGAUUAUUCUCCUGUUUGAGAAUGUUGUCCCAGAGUAUACAGUACUGCUACUGUAUAAAGAGUUUUGGAAGUGACAAGUAUAAUUUAUGUCUAAACAUAAAAUUACUUUAAAAUGUUGUUUUUAUAGUUUAGAAUUUAAAGUAGUUAAAGAGAUACAUUGAAAUUUAUUUCCCUGUUAUUUUCUUUUUAAUUGUGUGGUCCUGUGGUGGUGCUAACCACUUGCUAAAGGUUGCAGGUCAAAUGUGCUCUAGUUCUAAUAGGCCCCAUCCAACCUGACUUACCCUAAUCAUUAGAAUUGAGGCCAAAUAGGUUUAGGGUCCAUUAGGUUUGAGGCCAAGUAGAAUUAGGGACCAUUAGGAUGAGGCCCAUUAGGAUUGGGACCAUUUGUCUGGUCACCCUUGCAAAAUAGUGGGAUAAAUGUAGAUCUAAUCAUAAUCCAUGGAAUAUGUUUGUAUGCAAUUCCAGUUUUGAUAUGGUUUCAGUUAUGUUAAUUUAAAAUCUCAACUAUUUCCAUUCCAGUCUCACAUUAAGAGUAGUCAUAGGGGCACUGAAAAGAUUAACUUGUAUUUAUCCCUCUUCAACACAGGAAUAAAUACUUGUCAGUCCCAUUUUCCCCCUAUCAUCAAAACGGUAAGUAAACUCCCUCUAACCCAGACUCACUUAAUCCUGAUCCCCUUGCAAACUGGACUGAGGUCCAGCACCAGACACAUGUACCCCUGACCCGGGAGAAAACAACCAAAAUCCAGUUAGUACUGUAUAAGGGAAAGGUCGUGUAAAUGGUGGCUGCCACCACAGCAUAGGAGGGUAACUCAAUAGCUACUUCUGAAGAGGUAGUACAAGCAUCUUAAGAAAUAUGAUUAGUCAAUGAAAUUAGCAGUGAAUACAUAACCUCCACUCCGCCUUUGGUGGCAUACAUUGUGAGUGUCAACCACUUCAUCACCUCAAGACUGAACCGACUCAUGAUAAUUUAAUAAUUAAUAAGUACAGUACUUUGUUAUUAACACCUACUAUAUGUUUCUAUUUUUCAUCAAUAGACAUUACAGUGAUGUAAUAAUGUAUACCAUAAGAAACGGUCUUUUACUUUGUAUGAUUCUCUUAUCACUCUCCUAUUAUAUCAGGCUGUGGCUAUGAGCAAAAAUAUUUACUGCUAGCAAAAAAGUGUAUAAAUUUUUAUCUAUAGCAUCAUUUCUAAUUGUGUUAGAAAGAUGAAUUUGAAUAGAGCGGAGUGUGACAGCCAAGACAGCACACAUGACUGCCAGAUGUAUGAGAGCGCCCAGCAACACCAGCUGAUGGGUGAUUUGCUGAGUACUGCUGUACUGAGAGCCAUCACCAAGCUGCCGAGGUGAAAUGAACUUUUUUCCACAUGUUAAAACCCUAAGCAGCGUAACAAAACUUUCACAUGGCUCAUAAAAACCCCCAAGGGUGUUAAGUUUAGGCUAAAAUUUACAGUAGGUUCAGUGUUCUUAGGUAGCUUGAGUCGGAAACCCCCUUCCUCUCGAAUUUUCCACUUUGCAAUGUAGUAUCUACAUUUUGGCAAACUGGACAGGCCUUUCACCCAAUUAGUCUGGAUUAGAGGAAGUUUACUGUACAGUACAUGUGUGUCAGUUUUUAAUUUAACAUAACAUUAUUAUCCAGAAUUUAUUCAUGAGCAACUGUAGGAUUAGUUUCAAUCCUUAUUCAUUUUGCAAAAUACUUACAGGUGCAGUUUUGGGUAUUACAUACCAUUAGUUGACUUUUAAUAUGUAAAAUUAGUUGGCUCAAAAGAGGCGUUAUUUGCUUCAGGUUCAGUAUAUAUAUUUUCAUACAUUUUAUAUAGCAUGUCACAUUUGUUUGUACUCAGAAAGUUUAUUUGUACUUUUUUUACCUUUGGUGUGUAUUGUAUUUAUUUUUUAGUACGAUUUGAAAUAUUUAGUGCACAAGUACACCCAUAUGGAAUAUUAAUUUUAGCAUACAGUAUUUCUCUUGUGUGUGUGAGUGGAUGUCUGUGGGUGUGUGUGUAUGAAUCUGUGUGUAAAAAUAUACAUCCAUCAUUAUUUAAUAUUGUAUUAAUAUUUUUCUUGAUCUGUAAACUUGUGCACCAUACCAUUUUUUUUUUACUUUCUUGUGUUCUUCUAAGUCUUUCCUUCCUCUCAUCAUCAUAUCAUGUACCUUGUUAUUUCUCUAGAUACUAUAGCAUUGGAUAUUCUGGACAUACAUAUGGUAUAUGUAUAUCUCUGUUGAUAGAUUCAUGAAUUUUCUUUUCCAUAUUACAGUAGGCAUAUGUCUUUCUCUGUUGAUAUCUCGUUGGCUAUUUUCAGUAUUCCUUUGUAUGUAUCUCUUUCUUUUGCCAGUACUAGGCUUAAACUUUGGUCAACAUUUGCUAAGCUGCAGUCUCCCAACAGGCCAUCAGUAUUCAUAUUGCAGUCACGACUCUUUCAAUGGCAUCAUCUUAGGGUACACAUAAUUCUGUCAUCCUUCAGCUUCUAUAGUUUUCAGCAACAUCAUGAGUUCAGAAACAUCAUCUUAGGGUAAACUUGCUUCAGUCAUCUUCCAAUUUCUAUAGUUUCCAGCAUCAUCAUUCUAGGGUGAACUUCCCUCUGCCAUUCUUCAAUUUCUAUAGUUUUCAGUGUAAUCAAACUAAUGGUUAUCUGAGGAUCAAUAACCUUUCAGUUUAAGAGUAUAAAAUAUUGUAGAGAUGUAAGGCAAUAAUGUUGUUAAUAUUGUUUAUGCAUAUUAUAUAUGUACACAAAUAUUCACAUCAAAUGGUCUCAAGGUACCUAAAUAUUGUUGUUGUAAGUGUAAGAUAAAGCAUAGUACAGUAAAUGUUUGCACACAUUCUUUUGGUUAUGUGAGUUAUGUAAUUGUUGCACAUUUUGUACAUUUUAAAACUAAACUUGAGGGUGAACUAAAAAAUAACCAUCCACAUGGCAUUAGCUUAGAUUUAAUUGUACUUAAUGUAAUUUUUUGCUCGAAUGGUUGUUCUAGUUUAUUUAUUUUUUAUUCUCUUAUUAUGAUGAUGAUUAUUGUAAAUGAUAACAAUAAUAAUGUUAUAGAAGUAACCACAGGUUAGGUAUUUGAGCAUAAAUAAUAAUACCAUGAACGUGA